UUCGUUACUUAAAGCAUAUUUAAGCUCUUGCCUUAUCUACUAAUUACUUUAAGUGCAUUUACUUAAAAACCACACUUUGUUACGCCUUUCCUUCGAAAAGAAACAUCCACAAAAAUUGCUUCAUUUUAAACGUGGUCUUAGAAUGGUGAGAAUAUUAUUCCUCAUAGUUGCUGCAGGAUUAACUGCAUCGAGUAAUGGAAGUCGUGAAUUCGUCUUUAACGUAGGGGUUCUAAAAACAUUACUAACUACAGAAGCAGAUUUAAUCGACAGAAUUAUUGAUGACAUUGCACAGCAACGUCAACAUUUGAAAACAAUAAGCAACGAAGAAGUAUACUCAAAGGAACUAGAAGAUGUUGCACAUAAAGCAAAUGAAUAUUUAUCAUCUGCUAAAACGACAACUAGUAUGUUAACUGGUUUAGAAACUUUGUGGCCUAAAAUUGAUGCUUAUGUGAAAGAGACUACGGAGAAAAUUGGUCUCAAAAAUGUAACAUCUGCAGGAGAACCCUUGAUUCCAGAGUAUGCUUACAAUGAUUACGAAUAUGGGAUUUUUGACAACUCUGCACUAAAGUUAUGCAAUGGAAUGAUUUCACUAUCUCCGGAUAUCGAAAAGCAACUAAGAUGUCGAUUCGUUGAUCAUGGAAAUCCAUUUCUGAGAAUAGCACCAUUCAAACAGGAAGAUGUGUAUUUAGAUCCUUUCAUUGUCAUCUAUCACAAUGUUCUCACAGACGCAGAAGUAGAAAUGCUUCAAGAAGAGGGUUACCCUGCCUUGGAAUCAUCUAAAGUUAUCGCAUACGAACAAGGAUUACAUUCGUCAAAAAUACGUAUUUCUGAAAAUGCUUGGCUGUAUGAGGAUAUUUAUCCAAAAGUUCAGUCUAUAAACGAACGAGCAGGACAUAUAACAAAUUUGAAUGUUCAUACUGCCGAGGCUCUUCAAAUAGCAUAUUAUAAACCAGGAGGAUACUUUAAUGAACACUAUGAUUUUGACCACGAUCAGGAAAAUCCAUUUCCGACUUUUGGUUUUGGAAAUCGAGUUGGAACCCUAAUGUUUUACUUAAACGAUGUUCAAGAAGGUGGCAGAACAAUUUUCACUGAUCUGAAUGUUUCAUUGACACCAAAAAAAGGAAAUGCUGUUUUCUGGUUUAAUACUUUACCAAAUGGACACUUGGACUAUUAUACAGUGCAUGCAGGAUGUCGUGUUGUUUCUGGAGUAAAAUGGGUCGCGAAUAAAUGGUUCCACGAACAAGGACAAGAAUUUCUUCGACCUUGUCUGUUAAAAAAUGUUUACGAUAAGAAGAGAAAUAGUCCUUGAGGGAUCUGUUUUCGAAUUAAUAAAUUUAAAGCCGAAUUUUAGAAAUUUC